AUGAGAAGUCCUCCAACGUUCGAUGGGGAAUCAUCGGACGAUGAGACAAACUCUUUAUAUAUCGAAGGAGUUGGGCUCUUGGAAAUUAACCCUUUCUCUAGUGGGGUCACCAACACUCGCCAGUAUUGUGAGUUUAUACAUGCGAGUUACCAAUCAGAGGCUUCUACUUUCGGUCGUGAUGAUGUGGCUUACGAAUCAUCAUUGGUGCUGAUUGAAGAGCUGAUUGAGGUUGCAAGCUGUAACCGGAGAAUACCUCAAAAGCCUUUGUUCGGUAUGGACUAUCUGGAUUUGAGCAAAAUAACGACACGGAAGUUGACAAAAAUUCGUGCAGAUUAUCGGGUUCCAGAUUCGGUGAUUAUGUGGAUUCCUAGGGAGACAAAAUCGCUGAGCAAUCCAUCAAAUAGUGAGGUUGUAUUUUUUAUCGAUGUCUUCAAGCAUGGCUUCAAUUGCCGUUGA